AAUUCAUACAGAACGCAUGCGCGUAUUUUCGUCCACGUAAAUACAAAAUUUUGAUCAAAAAAACAAAAAUAUGUAAACUUUUCAAGUUUUUUCAUGAAUAUUGCUUGACUAUGAUAACUAUAAACGAAGUUUAUGUUUUGCUGAAUUUCUGAUAUAACGGUAAGUCUAUGGCUGUUUUGUUUAGUCGCCCAGAGUGUAUUCAAUGAAUUAAAAACCGUUGUCAUUCUGACUAGUCGAGUAGGCUUGCGUAGACUGUUUUAUAGUUCAGUUAAUAUAACUAGUUGUAUUACUAGCUGUAUUUCACCGAUGGUAUUCGUUUUGCAUUUUAAAGUUUCAUACAAUGUAUUUACUUCAGACUUUUAUCCCCAAAUACUCCUUUAAACGCAUGUUUAUAAAUGUCAUUUAUAAAUGUGAACAUAUGGAGUGAUAUGGCAUAUCAAUAUAUUAUUAAUUUUAUUUCCAAUUUUGGUUAUUCAGUAUUUAAUUUUAAAAUAUAAUGAUAAAAUGAAAUGCAGAAAAAGGUUCGGUAUUUCCAGUUAUGAGCAUCCACUGAACAUUGUUAAAGCCUGCUUCACAUAAUAUUGCAUUUAUAAUAGAUCUUUGUCUAAGUAUCUAACAGCCUUGUGAAGUGAAAUUCUCAGCAAAAAGUGCCUUAUUUAUCAUUUCCACUAGGUUUAACCCAUUAAGCUGCAUUGCACCCCAGUGCACCCUGCUUUAUUAUUUUACUCUGGGCGUAAAAAAAAAAUACCUGUGGUUCCGGUUUAUAUCGCGAAAAAAUUAGGGUCGGUAGGUCGGAAAUAAUUUUCUUUUAAAUAUUUUUUUUCAUGGUUUUUUCAAUAAUUAGUGCGACAACAGUCGCCAUUUUGGCAGCAGCCCACAAUCACCCGAAGAAAAUAGUGUCACACGAUCAAUCGCGUUGAAAAAAUAAUAGGGUCGGCAGAAAAAAAUAGGGUCGGUUGGGAACCAGAACCACAGGUAUUUUUUUACGCCCUGUCUAUACAACAGAUGAUUUUACUUGUCAAGGGGAGAGUGCUGGCACUCAAUGGGUUAAUUAGACAGAUUUAGAUUGUGGCCAUCGAAGAUGACAUGAAAAUGGCGUGUUGUACCCAUGCAUGGACAGGGGCGCCGGAAGCAACAUGAAGCGGCGGGGGCAGCCAUGUAAAAACGGCACUUACUCUUGAGCCUCAAUUUUUGUGCCGGGGGGGGGGGCAAUGCUCGUUAACAUUUUGCUGUAUAACAGAUACUUCAUUACUUGUACCUAAUACAGUUAGACAAAUUUCGGCAUAGAUUGGAAAAUUUUUAUUUGUUGCAUGACACUAAAGACUAAAAUGUAUUGUAAAGCAACAUGACAGUUAUCAGUUAUUUAGGAAGGUUUCCUUUUUUACUUUUUUUCAUAUUAGAUGGAAACUGAUUCGUAACGUUUCUGAGAAGAAUUCAGAUUCAAGUAUGAGCUAAAUUGUUUAAUUAAAAACAGUUUUCAAUUUCAAUUCAUGUGAAAAACGCACGACGUUCGAAGUGCAGUUUUGAUAAAAAGGCAACCUGCUGCCCCCGUGCUGCCCCCGUGCUGCCCCCGUGCUGCCCCCGUGCUGCCCCCGUGCUGCCCCCGCACUGUUUAGGCAAUGGGGGCAGCUGCCCCCGUGGCUCCGGCGCCCCUGUGUAUGGAUAUGUCAUGCCAUUUUCACAUUGUCUUUGAUGUCCGUGUCCUCGAUCUGCCCAUUUACUUGUCUAAUGUCGGAUGAUUUUACUCAGUGGAUUAAUAAUAAAGACCAUGAGACUGACGUUAUUCUUCAAGGAAAUAUAUUGCAUUUUGUCAUAGAAUGUACUGAAUAUCACAAAUAUGUAAAAUUCCAAAUUGCUGUAUGUGCACUUUGAAUAUUUCUAUAUUUGAUUGAAUAUAGUGAUAGUGAAAUUGCAUUAAUAUGUCAUGGUUGGUUGACCUGGCCGGUAAAGCCGAAUCCUUGCUGGAAAAGGUUGAUCAAACAGCAGCCAAUGCUCUUCAUGUUGACAAAGGGAUUGGUUCUGAUCUCACUUCAAGUACUGUGAAUGCAGCGCCCAGUCGUUCCUAUGCACCGGGGGUUGAAAAAAGUCUUGGAAGAGACAAUGACAACACCACAGCUGCAAAGGGGAUUGGGAAAAGCAAUGUGAAUGUCACUAAUAGUAAGUAUAAUUAUUGAUAAUUGUCAGAGAUAUAUCAAAACUCAUUUGUACAGAUUUUACAUAGAUGGUGCAUGUUGACUGUUGCUGCCACUACAGUAGUACAAAUUACAUAAAAGCGCCAUACUGUAAAUGAGGUCACCUAUAGAUAGAGUAGGGAUAGAUCCUGCCAUAUCUGAGUAGGUUGGGGGGGGGGGUGGGGGUGCUCAUUGAGCUGUGGCCUUUAGUCUGCCUUGUGACAUAGUUUGAGGUAAAUAUGAUAAUUUAGCCAGUCAUGCAAGCCAAAUGUUUAUGCGGGGUUUUCCUUUAUCCACAAACUACAUCACAAGAGACUUUUUAAAAAUGUCUACUGCUAGAGGGUGAGCUGCAGGCACUAGUCUGUAGUCUUCCUUGACAAUUUCAGAAUCAUGUUACUAUCUUAUUUUGUCUCUAUUCUCCAAAAAUGGCCAAUGCCAGAUGUGGCCAUCCCCCCCAGUCAAUCCAUCCAUGCUAUGGACUUGAUGUGUGAUCAUACUAGUCCACACACACAUUCACCCACAUGAAUAUACACAUGAUUUAUCACAUAGGCAAAAUAUGAUCAUAUGCCCCCUACUUUGUUUUACUCUGUCUGAUGCCAGAUGAUUUUACUUGUCAAAACUCAAGGGGAAAGUAAGGCGUAAAAAAAAUACCUGUGGUUCCGGUUUCGUAUCUUGAAAAACUUAGGGUUGGUAGGUCGGAAAUAAAUUUUUUUUUGAAUAUUUUUUUCAUGGUUUUGGCGUUUUUUGCUGGGCGAUUUGCAGCAGAGUCCCGACAUCAAUAUUAACUAGAGAUUCAUAUUUCCUAUGGACGAAUUUAGGCAAUUUGGUUCAAUAAUUAGUGUGACAACAGACGCCAUUUUGGCACGCUGUAUGAGCAGCCCGCAGCCACCUAGAGAAAAUAAUAGGGUCACACGGUCAAUCGCGUUGAAAAAAUAAUAGGGUCGGCAGAAAAAAAUAGGGUCGGUCGGGAACCGGAACCACAGGUAUUUUUUUUUAUGCCUAAGCACUGCCACUCAACAGAUUAUUUUCAAUACACCCUAAGCUUCUGGAAAGUAUGUCAUUUUGGCUAUGGAGCCUUGUUUUAGUGUAUGUGAGAUUAGUUCAGUCCAAGCCUGAAUCAUGAAAACGAGGCUCUAUAGCCAACAUGAUAUACUUUCCAGAUCUAUUGUCUCUGGCUGUGUUUUAAAUAAUAGUGAAGUUUAAUUAUUUAGAAAUACCUACAGUACAAAGUUCUCUCAAUUUUUUAGAAUGCAAAUUUCUUUCAUCAAAAAAUUUAAAUGAAUUUUUGGACCUUGGCAACACUUUGAUAAUUAUAUUGACUAAUUACCUGGAUUAUUUUCCCGGCACUGUUCUCCAUUCCCACAAUUUCUUUAUAAAAGAUAUUUGGAUGUUGUUUCUGAAGCCCAGAAAUUUUCCCAGGUGUCUUUAGAAAAUUUGAAGAUGAAUUAUAUUUGUAAUUUGAACCGUGCAGUCAUAAAUCGUUAUGUAGGUCGUCCUUCAUCUCCAAAGCCUAAGACUAGCACCCAGCCUCCCAAGACGUCAUCACAGACAAGCAACAGUCACAAGAAGAAUGAUGAUCAGUUAUUUGAGUUUCUCAACAGUGGCUCAACCCCAGGUGAUAAGAAGAGGAUUGCCAACCAACUACGGUCAACAUCCCCAGUGGAAACCUCAUCACCUAAAAUGCCAAAACUCAAUAAUGUUGAGACAGAACAAAAGAAGAGAUCAAAUUUAACUGCAUCAGGUACAAUCUGCAACCCUAAAUAGCUACCUAUGUCCCCCCCCCAUCUAUGUUCUCCCCACAAAAGUUUUCUAAUUUCCCAUUUUACUAAUUUAAAUUUUGGCGCCUUUGUAUUCUAUUUUGAUAAAAAUUGAUUCUGAUAGUGAUUACGCGCAUUUUGUUUUGUUUAAGCUGAUGCAAUAAAUAUCAAUCAUUGAGGAAAACAAAGAGAAUUCAAAGCAGAACAGCUUUUAUAAUGCAUGAUAAUCUCUACAACUGUACAAUUUAACAAACCAUCUGGGAUUCCAAGUGUGUAAAACUUAUUGAAAAGUUAGCCAUGAAAUUUUCCCAUGAAAUUGUAGACCACUAAAGAUUUUGGCCUACAAACGUCUUUUUGCAUGACAAUUUGUAAUUUGCAGGCUGAUUGAUAAUAAUUUUCUUCUAACAGGUUAUUUUCCAGAGAGUGAAUCAUCCUACCAGACUGAUGAUUCUGUUGAUGUUAUUGACGCGAGUCCUGAGCAUAGUUCAGACAGAAUUGUGGCCACAAAACUACCAGAAGUCGAGGCACUACAGACUGCAGAAAAUAAGCAAAGUGGAGUGAAUGUUGAGCAGCCUGCUAGAGUGUCGAAUUUGGAACUAGAAAAUAAAUUAUUGCGAAAGGAAGUGGACUCACUGAACGGAGAAUUAUUGUCUCUUGUUCAACGCUCAAAAGAAGCCCAAGAAAGUAAGUUUUUCGUUGUAGAAUUAAAAUCUUGCAGUCAGUCUUAACAACUCGCCUCUGGUAGCCACCUUGUUACUCAUGUCCAGGGACGUCGCUAUAGGGGGUAACACUCAAUAAUUCAAACGUUGGUCAAAGUUGGUCAAAAUGGAACUGAUAUUUGCCCAAAGUUGGUCAAAAUGGAACUGAUAUUUGCUUAAAAUUGAAGGUAAAACUCGGAAAAAUUUGGUAAAAGUUUGGGAAAUAAGAUGGUUGAAGUUGUUAAAACUUAUGGAAUGGUUCUCACUUUUAACAAUUUUAAAGCUUCAGUUACGUUUGCGGUGAAAAAAUCGGAGGCAUUGGAGAUAUUUGUCGAAAUAUUUUGAAUAUGGAAAAUUUUUUUGACGUUUAUUUUGGUAAGGGAGAACGGUAUGAAAGGAAGGAUUAUGGCGGUGUUCGGAAUUUUACAAAUGGCAUUUGGAAAACAGGAUUCUGGAAAGUUGCUUGCAACAACCUCACACUGUAACAACCUAAAAUUAACAUGUCUUAAAAACCAAUGGCAGCCGACAAUUUCUGAAAAUAUAAAACAAAAUACAAUUCUAAGAUUUUAAUAGCAUCUUGAAAUUCAAAUAUAUGAGAGCCAAAACAACUCGUGUGUUGACGAUAACUAAAGUUACAUGAUGAUUUUGAAAUAAAAUUGAAAUAUCACAAAUUCGUUCUCGUCUUGUUUCGACUCGUAUCGUACGUUUCAAGAUGCUAAUUUUCAGAUUGUGUUUUGUUUUAACAUGUCCUGUGACUUGGCUUCCUUAAGCCUGGUUUCCAUAUAUGGUCGUAACGGUUCCUGUGACUUGGCUUCCUUAAGCCUGGUUUCCAUAUAUGGUCGUAACGGUCGUAAAGAUUGAGUCACGAUCUUUCUCAUCAGCCGAAAUACAACAUUUUAGAACUGAAAAUACGCGGAGUGAUUAUAACUAGAGAAUACUUAUGAUUUAUAUGUAGUUUUACAGGUAUAAACUAUUAUAAACUGGCCGUUGAGAAAGAUCGUAACUCUAUUUUUACGCCGGACCUUAUGGAAACCAGGCUUUAAGAAAAAGUGAUCAGUGUGCGACUCUUUAGUUUUAUUGUCUUUCAUGCAUUGUUAUAAUCAAUCAAUUAACAACCUGUUCAUACGGGUGGUGCUGGUGUCAACCCCAAUUGUACCCACUAAGCCUCCUUAGAGAAGGGCUAUAGAAGGACUAUAACCCCCCUGCCCCCCUCUCCCCCAUAAGUAUAUGACUGUGUAGAUUCUGGUAGUUGUUUUCUCUUGCUUAUUUUAAAUCUUUUUCCCUGAUACAGGAGUUCAAAGUGCAGAAAGAGAAUCUGAGAGGUUAAACGAACAGUUGAAAAAGGAAGGGAAAUUGCUGCGAGAAUUUCAGUCACGUGAAGAUGAUCUCAGAGAAGCUAUGAGCGCCAAAGAUUCGCAGCUUGCUGUUCUCAGAAUACGAAUCCAGGAAAGUGACCAAGAAUUACGAGAAACCAAGCAAAAACUGGGAAGAUUUCAGAAUGAAAAUGAAAGGUGAGUGAAAGGAAAACAGGAAGGAUAUGAAGUAUGAACCCAAUAUUGCCAUCGUCAACAGAAAGUUGACUACUUGACUCAAGAUGGAUUCGAAUCUGAAUGUUGAAGUGUUUUUGUAGAUACGUUACAGUAUAUACAUUUUUAUACCUGACCAGUAGCUGUUACGAAAAAUGCAUCUACAGCCUUUCAGCAGGAGUCGAAUCUGCGACCCCGCGAUUCCGAUGCAGUGCUCUAACCACUGAACUAUAGAGAACAGUUACCGACCUAAAAAGUUGACUCAAGCCACAUAUUUAAACUUGCAUAUUCAGCAGGGCUCGAAAUAGCGGGCUGCCAAUGGCCAAAAGCAGGCCAUAUUUAAAAAAUGGCAGACAAAAACAAAUUUGAACUGCCAGGUAAAAAAAAUGGCAGGUGAUAUUCUAUAGAUAUAUUUCAUUUCAUUUGCUUACCACAACUCGUAAAUACUAGAUCAUAUAGUUGACUAUAAAUACGUUUAUAUUUGAAAUGUAAAUCCAAGUUUACUGUAGUAAAAUGGACAAGUUUAAAAAUAAUAAAAAUGCAUAUCAUGAAAACAUUAAUUUUUACAAUGAUUUAUACGAGACAUCGCCAUUUUGGAAGUUCAAUGAAUAAAAAUGUCAGGCUAAAAUUUAUUUCACCUGCCAAAAAAUUUUAGAUUGGCAGGCCAUAUUUGUUCUCUACUUCGAGCCCCGAUAUUUAAUGAAUCGAGUUUGUAGAUAUACGCUUUACCCAAUAAAAAAUUGUAAUAUCGAGUCAAGUGGAUUGAGCUUAAUGAAAUAAAAUUCGAACAUGAAUUGAAAUUUUCAUGAUAGACUUAUUGCACUUGAUUGUACAUGUACCAGAUUCGCAUCGGAGCGACAUCAAGUUUUACAGUUUCAAGGGGAGUUUAGCACUCAAAUUACGAUAAUAUAACAGAAUUAGUCAAAAACGUCAAAUAUGAAAACUUGUAAGAGGUCGAAAAACGUCUUAGUUGAUGUCGCUCGACUCGCUCCGAUGCGAAUCCGGUAUCGUGUAACUGGGGCCUUAUUCCAACUAAACCUUGAUUAUAUUCGUUCCCAGAAUACUUCGUGAUCACAGCGACUCAAGUGGAAUUCAAAAUCAGGUGUUGGAAGAUUUGAGAGUGAGGCUACAAGAAGCUGUGUUAUCGUUGAAACAUGAACAAGAAGCACAUCAGCAAUCUAGGGUAUGCUUCACUGUUUACUGGCCUACAAAGCUAUGUAUUAUAGACUUUAAUGCGAAGCCAUAUAUCAUUUGUAAUGUUUGUUCAAAUUCUUUUGCAUAUAGUUUGUUUAAAUUUAGUUUGUUAAUUUGUAGACUGAAAGUUCACAACGUCAAAGCAAGUUGGAAAGUGAACAAAGAUCCAUGGCGGAAACUGUGAAGGCACUACAGAAAAAUAUUGUGGAAGAAAGACGUAUCUUUUCAUCUUGUUUAACCCUUGUUUAAAUUAACUCACUUUUUUAUUGUUACAAACUGCAAACAAGUUGUAAGCACAACAAGGUUGUUGUCAAGCCGAUAUCAGGAUGUUUUUGCAUUCCUUGUUUCCAGUUGUUGUGACAAGUCUGGAACAAGUUGUUAGCACUUUGUUACAAGGUUGAUCACGGUAACAGACUUGCUAUACGUUUUUCCAACAUGGCUAAUACAGGCUGUUCGUAACAAGUUGUUACGAGCUUGUUAUCAUCAACUUGUUAUUAAUGGAGAAUUUAAGCUUUGCGUUAUACGGCAAACGACAAACGCCAGGCAAAGAAAAAUUUUACGGUAUCAGGCAAUAAAGAGUAAAUGAACUUGCUGUUUUAAAACUGUAAUGCAUGACUAUUCUUUCGACACAAGAAAGAAAAUAUGAAACGAAAACGUUCAACGCAAAUUUUGCCAAGAAAGUUCGAACCUGCCGUUUGCCGUUCCCGGAAACGUGAAGCUUAAACUCCCUAAUAACUUGUUCAGGCCUUAAAAUAUCUUUUCCAGGGCCGUCUGACAAAAUGUCCGGUGACGUUGAGUUUGGGUCGGACAUAUGUCCGAUGACCUGCAGUUCAUUUUUGACUCGGAAAUAAGUCUGAAUGACACCAAUGAAUAAACGGUAAAUGUUGUAAAGAUAUUAAAUAAUUUGUUUCUUUCAUACAUACUUGCCAGAACAGCAGUAUCAAAACGACUUCGACAACUUAAGCCCGUUUUCCACUUCACCAUUUCGCUCGCCGCCCCGC